CACAUGUUUGUCAUUUAAAAAAUUAGAUUUGAAUUAAAAAUAUUUAAUGAUGGAACAUGUUGACAAUGAUGAUUUCAUUUUUAUUGUAGGUGGAUGCGACGUGGAAAUCAACAUAUUGGUAAUGAUGAUCUUAGACUUUUCCGUCGCAAAUUGGAUCUGAUGAAACGACAUGAGUUUGUCUGGGAGCCAUACACAACAACUGUGAUGGCAGCGUUGCCUCCAAUUUGUGUGGUUGGAAGUGUAGCCUGGUUUGCGGUGGUGCCACUGAUUUGUUUCCAUGUUAUUGAGUGGCACCAACCCGAUAGAGUUUUACGACAAUUUGGAUUGCAACAACCUAUUCCCGGGUUUCCUUCGCAACCGCAGAAUCUCCAUGGCUUAACGCUCAAAGGCAAACAAGAUGAGAAUUGGUUCCACCUGUUGGCUCCAAUCAUUAGUCAGUGGAACAAUGCAGUUGAGUUUAGGGUCGAUGUUUAUCCUCGACAGGAGGGCUUACUGGGUUUUAACUCGGACUACAUGGUGUGGUUUAGGCGUUAA